UUGAUGGGCCUCUUUCACAGCCGACACCCAGUUAUUUACAAACGCAAAUCAACAGGGACAUCAUUGCUCCACUUUGGACAGACAUGGAUAACAGAAUCAAUGGAACAAUCUCCUAUCGUCAGGUCACCAGUGGUGGACUCUUACUAACAGCUUCAAACAACAUAAACCAAUAUUUUCCUAAUCUGAACUUCACUGCCUCAUGGCUGUUCAUUGCCACUUGGGAUAAAGUACCGUACUUUUACAGCCCACAAUCGAAGUCAACUUUUCAAGUGGUUUUGGUGUCUGGGAAAAACAUGUCAUUUACGCUCAUGCAUUAUGGUCAUAUUGCUCCGAUCACAUUUCGUUUUUUGUCUGGCUAUGACACAAGUGAUUCAUCUGAUUCCUUUUUAAUUCCUGUCUCUAACAUCACAAAUCUGCCAUACACAAGCAAUGUCAAUGUUAUGGGUCGAUGGGUAUUUCGAGUUGACCAUGCAUUAGACCACAAUGACCUUUUCUACCCAUUUGGAAAUAAAGACAUUAAGAAUCCUUCUGAAGAUGACGGAAGCUCUCCAGUAAUAUUAUUGGAAAAGCCCUUUGUGUAUUUUGGACGUGUUUAUCGAAAGACUUAUGUUAAUAACAAUGGGCAUUUGACAUUUGAUGGGCCCCUUUCACAGGCAAAACCCAUUAAUUUCCAGUCAUACCUCAGAGACAUCAUUGCUCCACUUUGGAUAGACAUGGAUAACACUGUCAGUGGAACAAUCUCCUAUCGUCAGGUCACCAGUGGUAAACUCCUACUAGCAGCCACAGACAACAUAAACCAGUAUUUUCCUAAUCUGAAGUUCUCUGCCUCAUGGCUGUUCAUUGCCACUUGGGAUAAAGUGCCGUACUAUAAUAACUUGCAUUCGUAUCUUUUGGAGUCUCAAAAUAAGAUAUUUUUCUUUUUUAAAGCUAGUGUCACCUAG